AUGUCGGUCCGGCUAGAUGUCAACCUCUUUGAUGCCAAUGAGGAGAAGACCAAGAAGACCAAUUGCGUCCCCUUGAAAGACUUCGACAUCUCCAAAAAAACUCUCUCGGAUGUACGAACGGCCCUCAUUGACAAUGGUGGUCUCGACGCCAGCAGAGCGGGGUCUUCAUUCUGCAGCGCAACUGGUGCCAAGGUCAAUGAUUCUACUCUAUUUGUAGACUACUUGGAGAUUCUCUCCGAGGAUGCGGAGGGGGAACCUGAGGAAGAAAAGGAGAAUAUGGAAGAGGACAAGGGAAAAAUGGACAAAAAAGAGAAAACAGAGAAAAAAGAGAAGAAAGAAAAAUCCUCCAAAGUCACGGUUCACAACGUUUAUAUAACGGUGAAAGACAAAAAAAGCACUGAUCGGAAGACAGAGGCAAAGGAGCUCAUCAAAAAAGAGCUGAACCUGAAGUUGAGUGUAUUAUUAUGA